AUGAACUCUCAGUGGGAUUUUACCAGGAGGAGGAAAUAUUUCGUGUUAGGCUCAUUGUAUGUAACCUCUGAUUUUUACACCCCGUCAGUUGAAGUUUCUGGAUUCACAGAUUUUGUCAAGGCAGUUAAGCCUUCCAAACACCCAGAAGACAUUUUUCUUGCCAGGCUGUGGUUUCUGUCAUUUAAUUGCUCAGAUUCUGUGUCUGACUAUGUGACAUGGGACAAUUUUGCUCAGGAUGCCUCUUUAGAUUGGUUGCCUCGGCUCAUUUUUGACAUGACAAUAUCUGCAGACAGUUACAAUAUAUACAAUAUUGUGUAUGCUGUAGCCCAGGCUCUCUAUGAGAUACUUCUUCAUCAAACAGAAAUUCAAACGUUGGGAAAUAGAAAAGAAACAGUGCCUUCCCCUGAACAGCUGCACACUUUUAUGAAAAACAUCCAUCUUUACAAUCCAAUUGGAGAUCAAGUGAUUUGGGACAAGAAAAGGAAAUUGGAGCCAAAGUAUGACAUUCUAAAUAUUUGGGAUUUUCCAGAAGGUCUGGAACUUGCAGUAAGAAUAGAGAAGUUUUCUCCAUAUGCUCCACAUGGUAAUCAAUUGUCUUUAUCUGAAGAUAUGGUAGAGUGGGCCAUUGGAACUACAGAGACUCCUCACGCUUUCUGCAGUGAGAGUUGUGGUCCUGGAUUCAGGAAAUCUCCUCAAGAGGGAAAUCCUGUCUGUUGCUUUGAUUGUACAUCUGGCCAAGAAAAUGAGAUUGCUAAUGGGACAGACAUGGAACAAUGUGUGAAAUGUUCAGAUCAUCAGUAUGCCAACACAAAGAGGACUCAGUGCAACCUGAGAACAGCAAAUUUCCUAACUUAUGAAGAUACAUUGGGCAUGGCUCUGGCCUGCAAGGCUCUUUGCUUCUCUAUGUUAACUGGUGCUGUUCUUGGGAUGUUUGUGAAAUACCAAGACACUGUCAUUGUCAAGGCCAACAACAAGGCUUUCAGUUACAUCUUGUUCAUCUACCUCAUCUUCUGUUUCCUCUGUUUCUUGCUCUUUCUUAGCCCUCCCAACACAGCCACCUGAAUCCUACAGCACAUCACAUUUGAGGUUGUGUUCACUGUGGCUGUUUCCACAGUGCUGGCCAAAAAAGUGUCUGUGGUUCUGGCCUUCAAGGCCACUUCCCCAGGGAGAAAAAUAAGGUGGCUGCUUAUAUCAGGGGCAAUUAACUUCAUCAUCCCCAUGUGCACCCUCAUUCAGGUGACUCUCCGUGGAGUCUGGCUGGGAACCUCUCCUCUUUUUGUGGACACGGGUGCACACCCUGAACAUGGCCAUGUCAUCAUUCUGUGCAACAAGGGCUCCCUCACUGCCUUCUACUGUGUUCUAGGAUACCUGGGCUCUCUGGCCCUGGCCAGCUUCACUGUGGCUUUUCUGGCCAGGAAUCUGCCUGACACCUUCAAUGAAGCCAAGUUCCUGACCUUCAGCAUGCUGGUGUUCUGCAGUGUAUGAUUCACUUUCCUUCCUGUCUAUCACAGUGCCAAGGGGCAGGUCAUGGUGGGUGUGGAGGUUUUCUCCAUCUUGGCCUCUGGUGCAGGGCUCCAAGGAUGCAUUUUUGCCCCAAAGUGUUAUCUCAUCUUUUUAAUGCCAAAUAGAAAUUCUCUGCAUGGCUUCAAGGAUAUAAGACAGUCCCUGGCUGGAACUAGCUGCUUUUCUACAAUGAAGAAACGAGCGCACAUGGAUGGAGAUGUGAUGAUUGCUGGGUUUUUUCCUCUCUACACUUUGGGAAUAGAUCACACUCACAGCCAUACUUCCAAGCAAGAAGAGAACAAGAUGUCCUUGGCUAGCACUAGCUGCUUUUCAACAAUGAAGCACCGAGCACACAUGCAUGGAGAUGUGAUGAUCACUGGGUUUUUCUCUCUCUACACUUUGGGAGUAGAUCACAGUAACAGCCAUGCUUCCAGGCAAGAAGAGAACAAGAUCUUUAUGUUCAAGAACUAUCAGUUUGUUUUGGCCUUGGCUUUUGCUAUUGAGGAAAUCAACAAAAAUCCUGAUCUUUUACAUAACUUGACUCUGGGAUAUGAUAUCUAUGAUGUUGAAUUAAGAACUUGGACAAUGUUUAAGAAUCCCUUCACUUGUCUCUUUGGGAAGUACAAGAUUCCAAACUACUCCUGCAUUCGAGACAGCAUGACUAUAGCAGUACUUACAGGACCAUCAGGAAUAACAUCUGACCAGAUUGGGACAUUGCUAGGACUCUACAGAUUUCCACAGUUUACCUUUGGGCCUUUUGAUCGUGGCCUGAGUGAUCAUAACAAGUUUCCUGCUCUCUAUCAGAUGGCCCCCAAAGACACAACAAUAGCCACUGCCAUGGUCUCCUUACUUCUUCAUUUCAGCUGGAACUGGGUGGGACUAUUGACCUCACAAGAUGAGAAUGGUGUGUGGAUUCUUGUUGAAUUGAAAGAAGAGAUGGCCAAGAACAGAGUUUGUGUAGCCUAUGAGCUAGUGAUCUCAUCCCAAGAUGUGUCACAUAUAUUCAAACUCAUGGCAGUUCAUAAUGAGAUAAAUCUAUCUUCAGCAAGUGUUCUCAUCAUAUAUGGUGAUAAUGAUUCACUGAUAAGUUUAGUGGUAUUUAUCGAGCAAAUUUUUAUACAUGGGAAAGUUUGCAUUAUGAACUCUCAGUGGGAUUUCUCAUUGAAAAGGAGAUAUUUCAUGCUAGGAUCAUUGCAUGUACCUCUUAUUUUUACACACCAUUAUGUAGAUGUUUCUGGAUUCACAGAUUUUAUAAAGGCAGCUAAGCCUUCAAAAUACCCAGAAGACAUUUUUCUUGCCAGACUGUGGUUUCUGUCUUUUAAUUGCUCAGCUUCUGAGUCUGACUGUGUGACAUGGGACAACUGUGUUCAUGAUGCCUCUUUGGAUUUGUUGCCUGUACAUAUUUUUGAUAUGACUAUGUCUAGAGACAGUUACAAUGUUUACAACGCUGUGUAUGCUGUGGCCCAGACUCUCCAUUCGAUGCUUCUUCAUCAAAUAGAAGUUCAAACAAUGGACAAUAGAAAAGAGAAAGUGCCUUCCCCUGAACAGAGCUCAAAUGAUUUUUGGGAUGAGAAAAGGAAACUGGAGCCAGAGUAUGACAUUCUGAACAUUUGGAAUUUUCCAGAAGGUUUGGAACUUGCAGUGAGGAUAGGGAAGUUUUCUCCAUAUGCUCCACAUGGUAAUCAACUGUCUUUAUCUGAAGAUAUGGUAGAGUGGGCCAUUGGAACUACAGAG